CCAUGAAAAUGAAGCUAUAAUCACUCCGCUAAACCUAAUUCGAAAUCCCAUUUUAAAAUUUGUACCUCUGGAUUCAGCUGAUCCCUAAAAACCGAAUCUUUUUUGUUCAAUUUAAAGUCUUUCUUGGACGCAUCCCCUCAAAUUCCAAAAAAAAAGAAACAUCCAAACCAAUUAACUCACCACUAGUAACAUGCUGAUGAAACUUGUAUUGUUUUUCCUAAAACAUUAAUUUAAUUCUCCGUAGGACCACCGGAUGUUUGGUGUUUUGGUUCCCCCAACUAGCAAAUUUGCUUCCGAUUCUCUCACUCAGGCACCCGUGAUUAUUUUAUUUGCAGAUAUUCACGCAUUUAUAGUUUUAUACAGUACCCAAUAUUUACCAGCUUUUGCAAUUUUAAAGCGUCGGAGGCCGUGGUUUGUGGGUGGUGAAGUUGUCGACAUGUCUCAUAAGCGCCACGGACGAGAAGAAGGUGGUUCCAUCGAUGAGAAGCGUUUGAGGAAAUCUCAUUCCUUUAGAAGUGUAGUGCUGGAAGUGAUCAACUUGAUAAGAAUGCAAAAUCUCAUGAACCCACUGCUGGAGCCUCUGAUUCGUCGAGUUGUCAAGGAGGAGGUGGACUCAGCAUUAAGGAAGUAUAUAGUUUCCGCCAAACGGAAUUCUGGGAAAGAUCCCUGCUCUUCUGAUCCAAAGAGUAUACAGUUACAGUUACAGUUGCAGUUAAAAUUUUUGAAUGCUAUAUCUCUUCCCGUUUUCACUGGGACUCGUAUCGAGGGAGACUCUGGCACAAGUGUGGAAGUUGCUUUAGUUGACGUUCAUACUGGGGAAGUUGUUUCUAAUGGUGCUUGGUCCUCUGCAAAGGUGGAAAUAGUAGUACUUGAAGGAGAUUUUGAUGGUGACGAGGGAGAUAGUUGGACCCUGGAUGAGUUCGCAAAUAAUAUAGUGAGAGAGCGGGAAGGCAAAAAGCCUCUUUUAACCGGAGAUGUGAUCUUGACCCUUAACAAUGGCAUGGGAUCAGUGGGUGAUAUUUCAUUUACGGAUAAUUCAAGCUGGACAAGAAGUCGUAAGUUCAGAUUGGGGGCUAGAUUGGUAGAUGAUGCUGGUGGUCUCAGAAUAAGAGAGGCCAGAACAGAUCCCUUUGUUGUCAGGGAUCAUCGUGGAGAAUUGUACAAGAAGCACCAUCCUCCAUCCCUGACUGAUGAAGUUUGGCGGUUGGAGAAAAUUGGAAAAGACGGAGCAUUUCACAAACGGCUGAGCAAGGAAGGAAUCAGGACCGUGCAUGAUUUCCUGCUCUUGCUCUCCUUGGACCCCACAAGGCUUCGAAACAUCCUCGGGAAUGGCAUGUCCACUAAGAAGUGGGAAGUCACUAUGGAGCAUGCUCGGACAUGUGUACUGGACAAAAAGUUGUACAUGUACACCCCCGCACCUCCAGGACAGAAUGGUGUUGUUUUUAAUGUAGUUGGACAAGUGGUCGGAAUAUUCUCCGAUGGCCAGUAUGUGGCCUCUGAUAAGUUGUCCGAUGAUGAAAAGGCAGAUGCUCAUCAGUUGGUCACCUCCGCAUUUAGAUUUCAUGAGAAAAUUGUGAUCAUAGACGAAUCGGCCCUUAAUAUGCCUACCUCCUCGCCAUGCGUAUCCAACGCUGAACCUUCCCCGAACUUGCUCUCUGAGGGUAGUUACCAGCAAGAUUCUACAACUUCUCAGAACAUGAGCAGAUCCACCUACUCUCAACUAGUAGAUUCUUCCCCGGAUUUUAUGCAGUCAUUCUAUCCCUUUGGAGCUUCCAAUAGCUUCGACUACUAUCUUCCUGGUAUCGACCCAAUGGAAAUCAGGUAUGACCAGCCUCUAGGUUUCCCUAGUCAGGUCAUGGACACCUCAAUCUGCGACACUGAUACCAUGGCCGGGGCAUUCUCCCAAAGCGAGCAUUUAAAGUAUUUUGAGGCAGAUUGUUCUUUACGGAGUCCCAAUGAUAGAAAUCAUAAAGGGUGGAACUUUUUGGCGUGUGUAUUGAGAUGGCGGUUCUCUGUGAAAAGAAUCGUGUCUAGGAAAAGCCGGUGCUAGGUUGAUAUCUUGAUGACAUGCCGCUGUUGGUAUAUACAUGUGUUCGUCGUGACCAUUCAUUUGUCGAAUGUUAAAAUGAUCUGCCCGACUAGAUGUUGCGCGCAGUUAUUAUCUAUAUAGAAGUUUGAUGGAAGCUUUUAUGUAUAAUUGUUAGUGAAAAUGGGCAUUCAUUUAUUUAGGGGGUUGAAGGUGAAGGUAUUUCUACUACUAUUGGUAUAAAACAGAUUGGUUAUGAGGGUAUUCUUUCUUUCAAUGCUUGAUUCAAGCCGGUUUUAGUAUUCCAAUGCAAAAUGUGUGAAUUAUUCUUCUAUUUGUUGCCAA